AUGCCGUUUCUGGGAUUGCAAGGAAAGCGUCUCCUUGCGGGCAUCGCCUGCUCUGCAGGCAUGGGCUUCAUUCUAUUCGGCUAUGACAACGGGGUAAUGGGCAGCGUUCUCGGCUCAGACUCCUUUGAAGCGGUUUUCCAUCUGGACUCUACUAUGUCAGGAACUGUGACAGCCAUGUUCGAACUAGGGUGUAUCAUUGGAGCGUUAGUUGUUAGCCUGUUCGGCGAACCAUUUGGGAGACGUCAAGUGAUUCAGGGCGGUGCUCUACUGAUCUGUAUCGGCGCGGCAAUACAAGCCAGCAGCUAUUCAUCGGCCCAGUUGAUCGUGGGGCGCAUUGUGGCUGGUGCCGGGAUGGGAUUCAUUACCAGUAUGGUUCCAGUGUGGCAAGCAGAGACCUCUCCGCCGAAUUUGAGAGGUGCCUUGGUUGCCUCGUCGCUAUCGUUUGUGCUACUGGGACAGCUCAUCGCUUACUGGUCUGAAUAUGGAACUAGUGCAUACGCCAGCAGCUUCUCCUGGAGAUUCCCAUUUGCAUUGCAAGCAGUUAUAGCGAUCAUUCUCUCUCUCCUGCUAUUGGUGAUGCCUGAGUCUCCUCGUUGGCUUUUCCUACAUGACCAAGACGAAAAAGCGGUAGAAGUACUAGCUGCUCUCAAAGGAGCAGACCCGACCGACGAACAAACUUCGGCGCAAGCAGAAGAGAUUCGCGCAGCGGUGAUACUUGAGGCCUCUAUCCAAAAAGGAUGGCUUGACAUGUUCAAGAAUGACGGGGUUCAUUCACGGCAUCGCGUGCUUCUAUCUAUCCUUGUGCAAUUUCUCCAGCCAUUUUCAGGAAGUGCAGUGAUCUCAUACUACCAAACUGUCAUUUUUCAGUCUUCUAUUGGCAUGCCCAGAAAAGAAGCGCAGCUGAUGUCCGGUUAUCUUUCUAUAUGGUUUCUUUUUGCAAGCUUCUUGACGUGGGUUUUGAUUGAACGCGUUGGUAGACGGCCCCUGUUCCUUAUUUUCUCAGUUGCCAUGGGUUGCGCUAUGCUUGUCCUUGCUAUCAUGGUUAAACUCGCUACGCAUACGUCGGGAAUUGUGGCGGCGGUCAUGAUCUUCUUGUUCGAAGCGUUCUUUACAUGGGGUUGGCAAGGAAACGUCUGGUGCUACGCGGCUGAAAUCGUGCCGCUCGAGUGCCGAACCAAGGCAAUGGGACUUGCAACAGGGGUUCAGUGGACGAUGAAUUUCUUGAUGAUCUAUGUCACUCCCAUUGGGUUGGCGAAUAUCGGAUGGAAGAUGUACAUCAGUGAGUUGGCUCCCUCGUUUACAAUGACCUUCGGUCAAUUUACUGACAACCCAGUUUUUGCAUGCUUUAACCUUGCAUUCUUUCCCGUUGUAUAUUUUCUGUUCCCAGAAACCGGGGGUCUGUCGCUAGAGUUGCUGGACGUCGUUUUCAUGGACGAUACGACUUCGCCUGUGAAACGUGCAGCAGAGCUUCAGCACAAGAUCAAGCUCGGAGAAACAGUUCAGUUUCAGAAUGAGCUCGAAAUGUGCAACGCGGAAAUCAAGGGAACUGUCGAGAGUGUGGAGAAUGUCGAGCCAAAUCACUUACCAUGA